AUGACAACUCAUUCAAAUCACCCAUAUCAUUUAGUAGAUUAUAGACCUUGACCAUUAACAGGAGCUAUUGGAGUUUUAACUCUUGUUACAGGUAUAGUAAAAUGAUUCCAUAAUUUUAAUAUAAAUUUAUUAAUUAUUGGUUAUAUAAUUACAAUUUUAACCAUAUAUCAAUGAUGACGAGAUAUCUGUCGUGAAGGAACAUUACAAGGUAAACACACUAUUCUAGUUCAUAAAGGUUUACGUUGAGGAAUAAUUUUAUUUAUUAUUUCUGAAGUAUUUUUUUUUUUAUCAUUUUUUUGAGCUUUUUUUCAUAGAAGUCUAUCACCUAAUAUUGAAAUUGGUUCUAUAUGACCUCCUAUAAGUAUUAUUCCAUUUAACCCAUUUCAAAUUCCUCUUCUUAAUACUAUUAUUUUAAUUACUUCAGGAUUUACAGUAACUUGAGCUCAUCAUGCUUUAAUAGAAAAUAAUCAUUCUCAAAUAACUCAAGGAUUAUUUAUCACUGUAUGCUUAGGAAUCUAUUUUACUAUUCUUCAAGCAUAUGAAUAUAUUGAAGCACCUUUUACUAUUGCUGAUAGAAUUUACGGAUCAACAUUCUUUAUAGCAACUGGAUUCCAUGGAUUACAUGUUAUUAUUGGUACAAUUUUUUUAUCUGUAUGUUUAAUACGACACUUAAAUAAUCAUUUCUCUAAUAAUCAUCAUUUUGGAUUUGAAGCAGCAGCAUGGUAUUGACAUUUUGUAGAUGUAGUAUGAUUAUUUCUUUAUAUUUCAAUUUACUGAUGAGGUAAUUAA